ACAAAAGUUGGUUUAAUAGAUUAUCAUUCAAAGUUUAACCUUUGGUUUAGUCGGUUUGGAUUAAAAUGAAGAUCUUAUUGUUUUUUUUAUUAGCUAUCAUCAGCACUGUUAGAAGCGAAGAUGACGGACGAUACCGACCUGAUUUCAAUUUCGGACGGUACAGUUACACUGGAGAUGCACGUUACUAUAAUCCCUAUGGGAGAUAUAACAACUACUAUAGGAACAAUGGGAGGUACAACUACAGGCCAAAUCAAGAACUGUUGACGCCGUACAGCGUUACGAGCGAAAACUACAGAAACAUUGUACCUCAAGUUUCUCAGACUUCUAGCCCUACUACCGUCAGACCCACGACCUCCAGUCCAGUAUAUACAUUAGCCAAGGACAGAACUGUUUUACCGACUGCUCUACCAGUAUUACAAAGAAGUAAUAUACCUGAAGGUAACGCUAGAAUUGUCAGCCAAGACAGCGAUUUCGAUGUCAAUACUUAUCGCUUCAGCUAUCUGACUGAAAAUGGAAUUAGUGCUGGAGAAACUGGCUCAGUGGAACAAACGGAAAACGGUGGUACAAGAGUUACAGGGUUUUACGAAUACAUCGGCGCUGACGGUCUUAAAUACAGAGUAGAUUAUACAGCUGAUGAAAAUGGCUUCCAUCCAACUGGCGCUCAUUUACCUUAAUUAUUUUCGAAACGAAACGAAUAAACGUUGUAAAAUGAAAAAAAAAAAAAGC